AUGGAGAAAGCGCUUAUUUACGGGUUUUAUGCGGCGGCUCUCGCGCUGCUGCUGACGGGGCUGCGCGAGCUGCUGUUCGGCUUCGAGGAGAACCGGUGCAGCAUGACCUACAUGUUCGAGUAUCCCGAGUACCGGCGUGUCCAGCUCCCACGGCGUGUGGCACGUCAGUACCCUGCCUAUGGACUAUUCCUGUAUGGUGAAGGUUUGUAUGCUCAAGAAACUCGAAAUCUCAAGCUCACUGGUGCUCCUGUGCUCUUCUUACCUGGAAAUGCUGGCAGCUACAAGCAAGCUCGAUCUUUGGGCUCCGUGGCAUUGAGGAAAGCAGAAGGCUUGGAUGGAGAGACCCACCUGAAUGUCUUCACCAUUGAUUUUAACGAGGAGCUGGUGGCCCUGUAUGGUGGAAGUCUGAGCCGACAAACUCACUUCCUUCAUGAGAGCAUCAAGGUCAUCCUGCACCUGUACAAGAACCAUCCUGAUCCUCCAAGCAGUGUGGUGUUAGUGGGUCACUCUAUGGGCGGUGUGAUCGCUCGUGCUCUGUUCUCCCUUCCUCGUUUUAAUCCUCGUCUGGUCAGCCUCAUCCUCACCCAGGCCUCACCUCACCAGUCUCCUGUUCUCUCCUUGGAUCCCUUCAUACUUGAUUUCUACUUGUCGGUCAGGCGGCGAUGGAGCGCCAGAGCAGAGGAUUUGCGUAACGUAACCGUGUUGUCUGUGGGAGGUGGAUACCGUGACUAUCAGGUUCGCUCAGGGCUCACCACUCUGACCUGCCCUGCGGAUGACACCAACAAGAUGGCCGUCGUGGUGACUGCUGUUCCCAGGACCUGGGUCUCUACUGAUCAUCUAUCCAUUGUGUGGUGUAAGGAGUUGGUGCUAGCCACAGUGCGGGCAUUCUUUGACCUGAUUGAUCCUGAGACGGGGCAGUUCACAAAGGAUACAGAGAAAAGGAAGUCUGUACUGAAUCAUCACUUCAUCCGCCACCCCGUGCAGCUACCUGCUGAGCAAAUCGACACACCAGUCAGCUUUUCAGGCUCCCUGGAGGCCUGGAGUGAAGUGAACACACUCCGUCUGUUCUACAGCGCUCCCAAGGAAGUCCAAGUUCAGUACUUCCUGUUUGCGCUUAGCAGCAGGAGGAAAGCUUACACACACUUCUACUGCCGCAACAGCAACCUGGAAAUGUCCAGCUGGCUCUUUGGCUGCACUCAGAUGAAUGGCUCUGUGUGUGAGCAAGCAGUAGAUUUGUCUCCCCGAACAGAACUUCUUCCAGCUUAUAAGGUCCUAAUUGUUAAGUUAAGUGAACUGUUUGGCAUCUCUCAUCUGGUCAUCGAUGCCUCAAACCUCAAUACACGACAGUUUAUAGUGGAGUGUGAGUGGCAGAGAGAAGAAAGCCUGACCAUCCCAGUUCCUGUCCCUCAUGUUCUCUCUUUCGGUUUGACAGUAAGUGAUGUCAUGAUCAGCUCAUCCAGUCUACUGCACACUCUCCAACUGCACCACUUUCACCAGGUUUAUCAGGCCUUUAAAAUCACAGUAAGCAGCCAGUGCAAGGUUACCAAAGAAAGACUGCCCAAUAUCUACCGAUUGAAGGUGCCUUGGUCUCAAGAAGAUUCCUUCGUCACUGCAGGCAUUCCCUCAGUGACCGAGAUUAGCGGUAUGCUGCACACUAGUCGCAAAGACAACUCCUCAAGUGCCCUCUUACAGCUCCACGCUGCCCCCAACUGCCAGUACAAGAUCUCAGUGCGCACCUCCUUCCCUAAAGUGCUCGGACAGAUCCUUCGUUUCUGUGGCCCAGCAAUGCCUGUGUAUGUGGCUGUGGUGUUGAUGCUCGCUUUAAAGAGGCAGCUGACUUCUGUCCUACGAACGGGUCGAGCCGUGAACACGAGAGACACCAUAGCAAAAAGUUUACAGCUACAUAAACUUGAGCCUCCUGUUCUGCUGCUGCACCUGUUCCUCAGACAGGGCUGGUUUCAGGAAUGCUGGUCUGCUCUGGCUCUCCCUGCGGUAGACCUCUUGCCUCUUGCCCCAUUGGAAGACUUGUCCCGUGAUGCAGUGGGGCCGGGGCAGGACUGGCCCCGCCUCGUUUCACCACUGAUGUGCAUUCUGGGUGCUGCAGUGGCCUUCUGGGGAAGUGCUGUUCUCAGCAUGUCUUUACAUGCCCUGUCUUUCCUCUUAGCUCCACUGCACAGGCCUUCAGUCUCUCGCCACUGUGGCACCCUUCAUGUUCCCGCUCAGAUCCUCCUCAUCCUCGGUCUGACUGCACUGGGCGGAGUCACCUGUGGAGCCCUGUCAGUCACUGUCAGCUUUCUGCUUCACCUCUACAGGGUUCUUAGAUUACAGAUGACCGAGAGGACCUUAAGUCACAUGCUGAACCUGGCACCACAAAGCAUGCAGCAGAACACAGAGAACGGCUGCAGCACUAGUGAAAGCCAAAGGAGCCAUAGCGAAUGUAAUGGCACCCCACUUCUAUCUGAAUCAGCACUACAGGAGGUCAGAGAUGACCUACAGCUUCACCUGAACGUGUCUGCACUGCUCGCUCUACCUGUAAUGCUAAGCGCACCUUCUCUCAUCUACUGGAGUCGAAACUUACGGUAUUCAGCUCAUCUGAAUCCAGACCCAUUCUGGCCACACACAUUGCCUCUGUUCAUCGCCUCUGUGCUACUCGUCAACUGCAAUACGCUUACUCUGAGCCGCAGUAAGCUGAUGUUGCGGCCGACCUUGCGCCUGCUGCUUCCUCUCAGCGUUGCCAUGUUGAUCUUUUCUACUCUUCAUCUGUAUCGGGUCACUCACUUCCUGUCUGUUGCUCUGACACUGCUGGCGGCUUCCUGUUACCUUUGACCCCGUCUCAGACUUCCGGACCAGUCCAGACCAAAACAGCCUUAGCAUGUCCUUGCAUCGGCAGACCUCUGACAUUGGAUUGAAAUCAUGCCAGUGGUCAUGCUGCUGAACAGGGUAACCGAAUCCCAAACAGAGUCACACUAUCUCUAUUUAAUAACUUUCUUUUUGAUAUACAUGGAAUCAAAACGGUUGACCAGCCAGCUCUAGGCUCAACCUCAGCCUGCUUGUUCUGCCUUUGUGUUUCAUUUUGUCUCGGAUUGUGUGCCUGUGUGUCCAGCCUUAAAUCAUCUGAGUAUCUGGUAUUUGUUUUCGGGAGCUAGCUUGUCUGUCUUACCAAGCACAUCAUGAGGCAUAUUCAUC